AUGGAAACUUUAGUUCAUUGCAAACUCGUCUGCAAGUCGUGGCGUGCCAUUAUACAGGACGACAAGUUCUGGAAGCUGUAUCGCCAAAAGGAUUCCAAUCUGGUGUAUAUAUACAUGGAUCUAACCAAGAAAAACGCGAACAAUCUAAGCAAGGACAAAUUCCGGUUGGUGUGUUGCGUCGACGGUGUGUUUUUGGAGAAGUGUGAUUUGAACGGAAAACUCCGAUUGAGGAAUCCUGUAACCAAGCACUCGCUUCCGCUGCCUGACGGCCUCGGAUACAAGCUCAUGAGGAUGUUUUACCUUCCAACAACUGGCAAUUACAAGAUUGUUUGUGGUAAAACGGGAGGCGGUUUCCGGCUUCUUACCGUUGGGAUUGAUCUCCAUUGGAGAGCCAUUGAAGCUGAUGAUAAAGGUGUUCUCUUUCAGACAUCUAAGAAGGAAGCAUUGUUAUCAUUAUCAGAUGUAAAGGUAGAUGAUGUUUACUUCCUCAUUAAGCCAAUACUUGAUAAUAUUGCCCCUGGAAGUUGUUUUGCUGAUGUAUUUUGCCUGGAAGUGGAAACUGAAACUUUAGAAUAUACCCGAUUUCCCAAGACAUUUUCGCAGGCGGUUGAGCCCUUUUCCUGGAAUCACAAGUUGGCUCUGGCCGAUCUGGAGAAGGGAACGGAGCUGCAUUUGUGGAUACUGGAAGACUACAAGAAAUCAGGGAAGUGGUCGGAAAUGAAGAUACUACUUCCUUCGACAUUGUUCCGCGAAUUUUCAUGGAAACUCGAGAAUCUUAGGCCAUACUCAUCAUCAAACGUGAAAGAUGAUCCCAGGUUGUGGUUUUGUAGAGCAGAUCACUGUGUCCUUGAAUAUAACAUUAAAACUGGGCAAGAAGAAACCACGCACGUACCCCCGGCCGGAAAAUCGCUUUUGUUCAGUUAUUUUCCCACCCUGUCGAAUCUAAACGGAGCUCUAAUCCCUCCUGCGGAAGAGGAGAAAUGGCUGAGGAUUAAGGAUGGAGCAAGAAAUCAUGUCCUCAGUUGCUUCACUGAACUGUUUGCGCUUUGCGGUCGAUUUACUUAUUAG